UUUUUAAUCCUAGGGGAAACUCUUUUGCAGUGCUGAAUCUCCAGAAUUCGCACUCCCCCCAAAAAUCUCGAGAAAAAUCCAAUACCUUCCUAACAUAUUUAUAUACACCGAGAAACGAACCCAUCUCGGAAUGUACAGGCUUCUUUGUUUUUAAUCGCUCAACUAACUGUUACUGAUUUGCCGAAACAGAACUGACUCACUGUUACUCGUGAGGGGCAUCUGCAUAGACUGAAAUGGCUCAAGAUACUUCUGCUGCUGAAUCACAGCAAAAAAGGACUGGUCUCUUGAAGGAUCAAGUCCGGUUGGUCAAGAGAAGGGAUUCCGAUCGUUAUGAGAUUGUUACAAUCCAAGAUCCUUUGUCAUUUGAGAAGGGUUUCUUUAUUGUUAUCCGUGCAUGUCAAUUGUUAACUCAAAAGAAUGAUGGAAUAAUAUUGGUGGGUUUAGCGGGUCCUUCUGGAGCUGGAAAGACGGUAUUUACAGAAAAGAUACUUAACUUUAUGCCGAGCAUUGCUGUCAUAUCAAUGGACAACUACAAUGAUUCAAGUCGAGUUGUCGAUGGCAACUUUGAUGAUCCACGGCUAACAGACUAUGACACCCUUCUUCAGAAUCUCCAUGAUUUAAGGACAGGAAAAGAAGUCCAGGUUCCGAUCUAUGAUUUCAAGUCGAGCUCCCGUACUGGCUACAGGACUCUUCAGGUUCCAAGCUCUCGUAUAGUAAUAAUUGAGGGCAUCUAUGCCUUGAGCGAAAAGUUGCGACCUUUGCUGGACCUUCGAGUAUCUGUCACAGGCGGAGUUCAUUUUGAUCUUGUCAAACGAGUCCUACGGGACAUACAACGUGCUGGUCAAGAACCAGAAGAAAUAAUUUAUCAAAUAUCUGAAACGGUAUAUCCAAUGUACAAGGCCUUCAUUGAGCCAGAUCUGGAGACAGCUCAUAUUAAAAUUAGAAACAAGUUCAAUCCAUUCACUGGAUUCCAGAGCCCAACUUACAUCUUAAAGUCAGCAAGAGAUGUAAAACCUGAUCAAAUCAAGGCUAUUUUGUCUGAAGAAGGUACAGAAACAACAGAACAGACUUAUGACAUAUAUCUUUUGCCACCUGGUGAAGAUCCAGAAUCUUGUCAAUCAUAUCUAAGGAUGCGAAAUAAAGAUGGAAAAUACAGUCUCAUGUUUGAGGAAUGGGUAACAGAUAGUCCAUUUGUCAUAUCACCAAGGAUCACAUUUGAAGUAAGUGUGCGUCUACUUGGUGGGCUAAUGGCAUUAGGAUAUACAAUAGCAACGAUCCUGAAAAGGAGCUCUCAUGUAUUCUCUGAUGAAAGGGUGUGUGUGAAAAUUGAUUGGCUUGAGCAACUAAAGCGUCAGUAUAUUCAGGUGCAAGGGAAAGAUCGUUUAGUUGUACAAUAUAUUGCGGAGCAGCUAGGUUUGGAGGGCUCAUACAUUCCCCGUACCUAUAUAGAACAGAUUCAACUGGAAAAACUUGUAAAUGAAGUUAUGGCAUUGCCAGAUGAUCUGAAGACAAAGCUAAGCCUCGAUGAGGAUAUUGUAUCAAGCCCCAAAGAAGCACUUUCGCGAGCCUCUGCUGAAAGAGCUUCCAUGCGAAAUAAGAAUCUCAAAAGUGGAAUGUCACAUUCGUACUCAACUCAAAGGGACAAGAAUAUGUCCAAGCUUACUGAAUUUUCUUCAAACAACCGAAGGUUUGGUGACAGGACCACAGAAGCUGCAACACUAGCAAAUCAGGGAGUCAUCACUCAACUUUCAGAGCAGAUGUCCUCACUGAAUGAUCGAAUGGAUGAGUUUACGACCCGUAUUGAAGAAUUGAGCUCUAAAUUAACAAGCAAGAGAAAUUCUCCCAGCCAACAAAACAUGGCUCUCCAAGCUGAAGCCUGCAAUGGUUCUGGUCCCACAUCUUACUUUAUAACUGGUCUGGGCAAUGGCUCCUUGACAGGAUCCAAAAUGUCCAAUUCUUUAUCUUCCUCUCAAUUGGCAAAUGAAUUGCCUUUAAUUGAAGAGAUAUCUGGAAUUGCACGAGGACAGCGGCAAGUUACACAUCAACUGGACAAUCUGAGCAAUCUGAUACGUGAGAGUAUGGGGGAGAGGCAUUGCCAAGUAAGAUCAAACCGGAAAAGCAUAAUUCACGACAGCGAACCUAUCAACGUUCCUUUCUUGCUAACGCUAGCGAUUGGUGGUUUAGGAAUUUAUUUGUUGAGGGGUUUUCUAAACCGAAAUUGACUUCUGCAAAAGGUUCAGCUUCAGAUUCUUGGUCUCUUGAUUGUCCUUUGGCAAUUAGGUCCCAUUAAAUGUUUUGCACUAAUGCCCUUCUUCUGUGCGGGGAAGACAGUCAUACCAAUUGGUCUGGUCCUUUUGACUGACUGGACUAAUUUAUGUCUAUGAGAGGAAAAGAAUGAAAAUAAUAGCUCUGCAGAUUAAAGUGUCCAGGGUUUACCAUGUAGGACGGGUAACAGUGUGUUGGAUGGGUUAUUCGUCGUUGGGCUCAUGUGCUUGCGGGGCGUUGGUUUCAUUGGGCCGUGAGCCUGCCUUCUCUUUGGGUUGGUUUAUUACUCAUUUUAUUAGGCCUGUAGCCACCCUUUGCCUUCGGCUUUAACUGGGGUAUGUCCCUCGGACUUUGUACAUGUUUAUUUUUUAAGGCAAUUCUUGCUAAAAAAAAAGGGUUAUCCGUUAUUAUUAAAAGAGUAACAAA